CUAGAGUCCAGUGGCGGUGUGCUUUACACCACUGCAUUCGACGCUUUGCAUUGCACUUGGUGAUGUAAGGCUUGGAUGCAGCUGUUCGGCCAUGGAAACCCAUUCCAUGAAGCUCUCUACACACUCCAAAUUUGGAGGUCUUUAGCUAUUGACUCUGCAGACAGUCGGCGACUUCCAUGCACUGUGCGCUUCAGUAUGCGCUGUCCCCGUUCUGCCAUUUUACGGGGCCUAACACUUCAUGGCUGAGUUGAUGUUGUUCCCAGUUGCUUCCACUUUGUUAUAAUACCACCAACAGUUGACCGUGGAAUAUUUAGUAGCAAGGAAAUGUCACGGAUGGAUUUAUU